AUGUUGAACGAAAACGAUCUCCGGAACUAUUUUUUACAUGGCUGGGAUGUUGACCGCGGGAAAAUUCUCAUGUUUUCAGCCGUCACCUAUUUCAACUUUCAUCAGGGUUUUUGGUUUGGAAGGAACUCGCCUUUUCUCGAUGUCCCAAUGUCAAGGAUCUUGAACCUAUCGUGGUACGUGUACGAGCUCUCGGGUGCUAUGUUAAAUUGUGCUAUUUGCCAUGCUGCAACAGGCCAGCUAUCUAAAUCUAAAAAUGUACUGCCAUUCUCUACGCAUGAGUUUCAACCUGUUGCAAUUGGGAUCCGGAAUGCAAUGAGAAAAUACUUAGACAACCCUGAGCUUGAUGAAGAAAGGCUCUUCGAUCUCGCACAGCCUCAUGGAUUUGUAGAUUCCCCUCAGGUUGCACAAUACGCACCAUGUGUUCCCGAUGGCAGUUCGCAGGGCUUUUAUUACAGUGGUGAAACGCCUUCGGGCUUCCAGCCACAACCUGAAUACCAUGACCACAUUCCGCCAGAGUCACACUCUUACGGAGAGGAAACAUUGGAUCAUCGUGAUCUGCCACCAUUGAUGCAGUAUGACCUGCAGCAUAAUAACCAUUUCAAUUUUACAUCAGGUUCGAGUGCAGGCUGGGGCGCCUCGGAGGGUAGUUCAAGUUUUGAGGGGGCACUACUACCAUAA